AGUGGUUGGGGAGGGCCAAGAGGAGAGUAGCCAGAGAGUAAGCAAGACACAUUCCCAGUUGAAGACGAGGUGCCGGAAGAGUGUGGCUUAGAGGAAGCUCCAAAGACCUUACCUUUCUUCGAGACGAUACUUCUAUUCAUCAGGAGUACUUUUACUCAUCAAGCCUACUCUGAUCAAGUGCUGACAGACUGGCAUACAUCAAACAGGAAAUUUUCUCAGGAGCGACAGUGCUAGAGGGGCUCAGGGAUGUAGUAAGAUGUCCUGGUGCACUGUACGCCUUGUAAGAAGGUGAGCAGUGAGCCAUGGAUACACGGAUCUUCCCCCAGCCAGCCACGAGGCUGACAAGCACGAGUGCCAUACAACUCCUUGCUCUCUUUCUGCUGCUCUCAUACACACGGGUCACUGGCACCAUCUUUGAAGAUUUGUUGCAUAAACAUGCUGAAUAUAAAGAAAACUGUACCAGAACCCUGGCAGCCACCCUACACAAUGUAACUGGAAUAUACUGCAACGGGACAUUGGACCGUUUUGCCUGUUGGCCACAUUCAUCUCCUGGGAAUAUAUCAGUGCCAUGUCCUCCAUAUUUACCAUGGAUUAAGGAAGGUUUUUCAGGAAAUGUUUAUAAAAUAUGUACUGCCAAUGGAACCUGGAAAACAGAAGAGAAUUCCAGCAUUAUCUGGGAGGAUAAGUCUGAAUGUGAAGACCCAGGCUUUUUCAAAAAUAAGGAAGACGAGGCAUUUCAAAAUUCAGUCUUGAGGAUCCUCUCCAUAGUUGGCUACAUGUUGUCCUUGUCCAGCCUGAUUUUAGCUGUGCUUAUUCUGGGCCUGUUGAGGAAGCUUCACUGUACUAGGAACUACAUCCACAUGAACCUCUUUGUGUCAUUCAUGCUUAGAGCUAUAGGAGUCAUUACCAAAGAAAUUGUAAUUUAUGUCACAUACUCCAGCAAGCCCAGCGAUGAAGCUGGAUGGAACAGCUAUCUGGAUUCUACGAAAGCCCUGCUGUGCAAAGCCUCCGAGGUGUUAAUGCAGUAUUUUGUGGCCUGUAAUUACUUCUGGCUCCUGGUGGAGGCGAUCUUCCUUCACACUCUGCUCUUUACUGCUGUGUUGACCAAGCGGAGGCUGCUGAAGAGAUACAUGCUGGUAGGAUGGGGGACUCCAUUUCUGUUUGUGACACCUUGGACAGUGGCUAAAGCUCUGUAUGAAAAUAAAGGCUGCUGGGUCAUCACUAACAGAUGGAUCUGGUGGAUUAUUAGAGCUCCAAUUACACUGUCAGUUUUUGUUAUUUUCUGUAUAUUUCUCAGGAUCAUAAACCUCCUGCUGUCAAAAUUAAAAGCUGAUCAACUAAGGUUUACGGACUACAGAUACAGUUUAGUGAGAGCAACACUGGUGUUGAUUCCAUUGCUCGGGGUCCACGAAAUUCUAUUCAUGAUACUCAUAGACGAAACUAUUGAGGGAAAUCAUCGCUAUGUGCGAAAUUUCAUCAAUUUAACCCUGAGCUCUUUCCAGGGAUUCUUGGUUGCUGUUCUGUACUGUUUUGUCAAUGGAGAGGUCCGCGCUGAGCUGAAGAACAGGUGGCAAGUGUUCGUCUCCAACCACUUGGAGGAUCACAACUGCUUUACACGCAUGCACCCCAAAUACUUAUGGAAAAAGUCAUGGAAGGGGACGGGACAGCCCUCGGACCACAGCGACUCAUACGAGGAGAGAAGCCACGCCCCCACACAGACCCAGCUCACUCAGGUGACCAUCCAAUCAGGGGCAGAGUUGUCCUGUGGACAGUGUCCAGGUCUGGAGUUCUACACAAGGAAGAGUCUGUCCAGCAGUGAUGGGGACAUGACUUUGGGCGAGACCAUGGAGGAGAUCCUGGAGGAGAGUCAGUUUUAACCUCCUCCUGGUACUGACUCUUUCAUAGACCAAAAUUGCUGGUGAAUUUUUGUAUAAACAUUGUUGGGCAAUACUCAUACUCACUGGUAUUUUUUUUUUUUUACUGAGUAUAGCCAUACACACCAUCUAACUGCAUUAGAUUUUUAGCAGAAGCAGGCAUAGUCAUCCCAGCAUAUUCACAGUGAAAAAAAUUCUGAAAUCGUAGCCAUUUCCUUUUUAACAAAUGCUUCAAUCUAAGCCUUCUGGUAGAAGCACUUAACUUACAAGGCGAUGUUGCAUAACUGUUUUCUUAAGGGAUAUGUAUAUAUUUACAUGAUUAUUUUAGAUGUAGAACAACACCUUACACAACAAGUCUUAACUUCUGUCUCCAUGUUUUAAAGGAUGUCAUCUAGAGUAAAUACAAUGUGAAUUGUCUACCUAUCAAAAUGCUAUUUUUUAAAUUCUGUUGUUCUGUUUAUUGCAUGUACAGAAGCACUUUAUGUUCGGUACCUUUUGUUGAUAAAAGGAGUGGUCAAUUAAUUAUGUUAAUUUUUUAAAACAGUACAAGAUUAUUGCACACAGGAAACCAAAUAAACCAGUUAAACGUCAGUAAUAAUAGUAUAUAUCAUGUAUAAAUGGGUAAGACUUUUAAUGUUUGUAACAUGUACCACAUUCACGGGUUAGGGAAAGGACAAAUCAGUGUCAGUUGAAAAUAUUGCCUAGAUUUACCUUAUCCCUGUCACGAAAAGGCCAGUAGUCCAGUAAUGACUAAAAUAUACAUUGGUCAUUGCUACACAUUACAUACUACCCUAUAACACGAACAUUAAAUUUCUUUUCAAUUUAACUUUUUUUUUCAUCAUACAGAGACAUACACUUCUAAUUGAAUUUUGUUUUUUUAAUUACAA